UCCACCCCUGAGAGGAUAUGCCUUUCGCUGCUGCUUGGCAAGAUGAUGUUCAACAGCUCGUCUAGGAUGGCCCCGGCCGAGGGCCCCCUGGUCUCCCUCUUGCUUCUGGGGCUCAUGGCGCUUCAGGCCCGCGCAUGUCCCGCCACCUGCCGCUGCUACAGCAUGACCGUGGAGUGUGGCUCUCUGGGUCUCAAGGGCAUUCCGGCCAGCAUUCCUCCUUCCACCCAGACAGUUUUCCUGCAGGACAACGGCGUCACGCAGAUCCACCAGCAAGACCUAGCCCCUCUUUCAGGCCUGCAGUACCUCUACAUGCAGAACAACACCAUCUCCGCCCUGGAACCGGGGGCCUUCCGCAACCAGAACCGGCUGCUGGAACUGGCGCUCAAUGGCAACCGCAUCCACCUCAUCAACAGCAGCAUCUUCAAGGGCUUGGAGCAUCUGCGGGUUCUCUACCUGGCCGGCAACCAGAUCACCCGGCUGCUUGACUUCACCUUCUGUGACCUGGAGAGGCUUCAGGAGCUUCAUUUGCAGGAGAACAGCAUAGAGAUGCUGGAGCAGCAGGCGCUGGCUGGUCUCUCCUCUCUGGCGCUGCUGGACCUCAGCAAGAACAACCUGCACACCAUCAGCCGGGUCGCCUUGCAGCCCCUCAUCAGCUUGCAGGUGCUGCGGCUGACAGAAAACCCCUGGCGGUGUGACUGCUCUCUGCACUGGCUGAACCUCUGGAUCAAAGAGGACGGGAAGCGGCUGCUGAGCCCUCUGGACAAGAAGAUCGUCUGCGCGGAGCCGCCCCGCCUGGCCUACCAAAGCUUGGUGGACAUCUCCGGGAACAGCUUGGUCUGCAUCCCGCCUGUCGUGCAGGUGGAGCCGCCGGAGGCGACGGCCCGGCUGGGGGAUGACCUGCGCGUCUCCUGCCAGGCGUCAGGAUACCCGCAGCCUCUCGUCACGUGGCGCAAGCUGGCCCACUGGCGAGCCGGGAGCUCCAAAGCCAGCGGCGCCUGGGCGCCGGGCGGAACCGUGGAGCUGAGCGAGCGCAGCGUGGGGGAGCGCUUCGAGCAGUCGGACACGGGCAGCGGGAUGCUCUUCCUCCGCAACGUGACGGUGACCCACGCCGGGAAAUACGAGUGCGAAGCCUCCAACCCCGGCGGCACCGCCCGGAUGCUCUUCCACCUGAUGGUCAACCUCUCGCUCCAGCAACAGCAGCAGCAGCACCAGCAGCAUCAGGCCUCCGGGGGCUACCCGGCCUCGGUCGACAUCAGCCAGGAGCCCCUCUACGACUUGGAGAGCAUGGACUUCAACGCCCUCAGCAUGGCCACCCAGACGGCCAUCGCGGUGGCCAUCUCCCUCCUGGCCCUGGUCGCCCUCCUCCUGGUGAUCAUGAUCUACCGGAAGCACCGCAAGCGGAAAAAGGCGAAGAAGGAGGAGAACAUUCUCUACGUCAACGACUACUCUGACGGACCCACCACCUUCGCCCAGCUGGAGGAGUACCGGGACGAGCGGGGCCACGAGAUGUUCGUCAUCGACCGCAACAAGCCCCUCUUUGCCACCUACAAGGACCCGCAAGGCCUGGUGGGGGUCUUCCCCGAACCACUGCAAGACCAAGCCACCCAGACCCUGGAGGGGGAAGAGGACGCGCCCCCGGAAGCGAGCGAGAUGUUUGCCAACCAGGGGGUGAUGUUCCAGCCUCAGAUUGCUUACGAAAUCCACUGCUGAAACGUUGGGGGGAGAACCACGGGCUGGUGCCACGGAACUCCCCAGGGGAGCAGCUGUGGCCUCCUCCUUCACCCCUCGUCCCCAGCCCCCCCCCAAUCCAGCCUUCCUGAUAGGUUCUGCUUUCAGUGUGAUGUAAGGAGAUUUGAGGUGGAAUCCAUGAUGAUAUUGGUGAUGGGGGCAAGAGAGGAUUCCUUUGCAACGGGCGAAGAGGAACCCUACCCCUCGUGGGGACCUCUCAGCAACUCU